UGUCAGAGUAGAAUCACUUCGUUAACUUUAUUUGCCUCGUAUGAAGGAAAAAAAAAAACGAAAUAGCCAAUUCCAUGUCGUUAACGAGUUUUUGCAAUAAAUUGCACCAAUCGAUCGGUGCAAUCGAUCGUCUCGUGCGAAAGAACCAUUAAAGUUUAAUUCGUUCUAUCGGUUUAUCAUUAGGGUAUUGAUUUCCAUAAUGUGUUUUUCUCUUUCUUUGUUGAUUCCUAAAAACACUUUAAAGGAACAUUUGAGAUCAAUCACGAAAUAAAUAUAAAAUGGCAAUUAUGGGGAACACUGGAACUUGAACUGAUCAAAGGUGUACAUGGAGAUUUCAAAAGGCGUUACUGUACAAACUUUUCUACACGAAAAAUAACGAAAACAGCAUUUACACCAACAAUAAGUUCAAACAUAAUUUUUAACCAAUUUUGAUAAACAAAACGUUAUUUUAAAGAUAAAGGUUUAAUCUAGGACACUGAUUUUUCGAAUUUUUGAAAAAACUUUAUUUUUAUGCAUAAUAUAUUCUCGAAGAAAUACCAUUUUUUUUUUAAAGCUUUUUCAAAAAUUCGAAAAAGCGGAGUCCUAGAUUAAAACUUCUUUAAAAUAAAAAAAUCUUGUUUUUCAUCAUAAUUGGUCAAGAAUUAAGUCUGUUCUCAUUGUUGACGUAAACUAUUAUAAAACCAGGGAUGAUGAACAGUCUUAAAAAGCGCCUGAGAAAAAUAUAAAACAAAUGAUUGCGAAACGAUUGGUUAUUUUAAAAAUCUUCAUUCAUCGAAUAGACAUCGUAUGAAUAGCGUCGAGAUGUUUUUUGUAAAUAUGCAAUAUAAAAAGUGAUUAAAGUGAAGAAGGAAAAAAAAUGCCGUCACCAAAAGGGCAGCUUUGUAAAUAUAAAAAAAAAAGGACUGGAGCAAAUUUAAGAAAUUUUUGGAAGCAAAGGAAAAAACAACUGCAGGGUACAGCAGUCAUGGAGAAUGUGCGAUUAACGUAGAAUGCGAACGUUCUGCUUUGAAAUUAGUAGAAUAGCGCAUUAUCAGUAUUGAACAUUUUUUGAAUAUUUUCUCCAUUGGUGUACAAUACACUUUACAAUUAUAGUGUAUGUCGAAAGUUGCUAAUAAAUUUUCGCGACAUCUUCGAUCAGGAAGUCGUGAGGAAUCGAGAAUAAAGAAAUAAGACAGUGCAACAACCUUCAUCAAUGACGGAACUCACAGAAGUAUCUAAUAACAAAGUAUUUGGAGGAUGGCAAAAAGUUUAUUCGCAUGAGAGCUCCGUUCUCGACUGUAAAAUGAACUUUGGUAUCUUCCUUCCACCACAAGCGGAAGAAGUUUCAGUCCCAGUUAUUUAUUUUUUAUCAGGACUGACAUGCACAGAAGCAAAUUUUAUACAAAAAAGUGGUGCUCAAAAAUAUGCUUCAGAAUGUGGUGUUGCUUUAGUAGUACCUGAUACUAGUCCUCGUGGAUUAAAUAUUCCUGAUGAUUCUGACAGUUGGGACUUAGGAAUUGGAGCAGGAUUUUAUGUGGACGCAACAAAAGAGCCAUGGAAAAAGAAUUAUAAGAUGUACAGUUACAUUACUAAAGAAUUAUCAUCGCUGAUUAAUGAAAAAUUUCCGAUACUUUCUGAUAAACAGUCUAUAAUGGGUCAUAGUAUGGGAGGUCAUGGAGCACUGAUCUGUGCACUUAAAAAUCCAGGUAUGUACAAAUCGGUUUCUGCCUUUUCUCCUAUCAGCAAUCCAAUUCAGUGUCCGUGGGGUAAAAAAGCAUUCUCUAACUAUUUUGGAGAAACAGAAGACAAUGUCUCAUGGAAUGACUGGGAUGCUACAGAAUUAGCUAAAAAAUACAAUGGUCCUCCUUUGGAUAUUUUAAUAGAUCAGGGGAAAGAAGAUAAUUUCUUAAAACAGGGUCAAUUAUUGCCUGAAAAUUUAUUGAAUGCUGCAAAAGAUGCUGGAUUACCUUUGGUUUUAAGAUUUCAAGAAGCUUAUGAUCAUAGUUAUUAUUUUAUAGCUACAUUUAUCGAAGAUCAUAUUAAACAUCAUAUGAAGUACUUAAAGAAUUAAAGAUAUUUUUUAUCAAAAUUUAUAUCAAUUUUUACUAAUAAAUAAUUCUUUUAAAUUAGUAUAAUAAAAUUAAAAUUAGUAUACUAAAAUAAAGUAAACUGCAAAAGAAUCAAUAUAUGACUUUUUUCAAUUGAACAAAGUUACAGAUAAAUUAUACUCAUUAUUCUUUGCCUUUUUCUCUCCAUCUCUUUAUAGUUUUCUUAUAAUAUACAUAAAAAUUGUUAACAAUAAAAAUAUAUUAAACGUGUUAA